GUAAACAACAAAACCAACCAGACAUUCGCUGAAGCUUACCAACCAUGGCUGACGCUCAAUUUGACAGUGCGCUCGACCUCCUGCGGCGCUUGAACCCCCGGGACACCAAAAAGAACCUUCAGGCGAUUACAUCUAUAGUCCCUGACCUCACCGAAGACCUCCUUUCCUCCGUUGACCAGCCCCUCGAGAUCCGCCGGUGCUCCAAGACCAACCGUGACUACCUGCUCUGCGAUUACAACCGGGAUGGUGAUAGCUACCGCUCCCCUUGGAGCAACGAGUUCGACCCUCCUCUGGAUGAUGGAACCGUCCCUAGCGAGAGAGUGAGAAAGCUUGAAGUAGCGGCUAAUGAGGCUUUCGACGUCUACCGGGAGCUGUACUAUGAGGGUGGUGUAGGCAGCGUUUACUUCUGGGAUUUGGAUGACGGUUUCGCUGGUGUUAUACUUUUGAAGAAGGGGGUAACGCCGGGUACGAAAAGCUCGGGAGAAUGGGACAGUAUCCACGUGUUUGAAGCUACCGAUCGGGCUCGCAUGUCCCACUACAAGCUGACCAGCACCGUUAUCCUUCAUCUGGCCAACGAGACCGAGUCUCUGGGUGAAAUGGAUCUGAGCGGUAACAUGACCCGACAAGUGGAGGUGGACUUGCCCGUUGAGUCCGAUGCAAGCCACGUUGCCAAUGUUGGUCGACUCGUUGAGGACAUGGAGUUGAAGAUGAGGAACCUGCUGCAGGAGGUCUACUUCGGUAAAGCGAAGGAUGUCGUGGGCGAACUCCGGAGUCUGGCUUCCUUGUCGGAGGCAAGCAAGGAGCGCGCUACCCAGCGGGAGAUGAUUAUGUCCAUGCACAGGUAGUCACCGGUGACUGCCGACGCUAUCUAGCUACCGCAAUGGUCACGGUAGUAGCAUGUUUUGUAUCAUCGAUUUUGCGCCUUCCAACAUUGCACUUAUAGCUUAUUGUAUGUAGAUUCGAGCUAAGGUUCCUGGAGAUCUAAAACUCACAUUAUUUCGAUAAUGCUAGCUUAUCGAGA